AUGACGCCAGUGGGCGCUGUCGGGGACAAAGGAACGAAAGAAAGCAUCCUCUUCUUCCUGACCAACAAACCCGAAACACCACAGGAUGGUGACAACGGCGGGAAGAAGGACAGCAGCGGCGGCGACGACGACGACGAGAACGUUGACGGGGGGAAGAUCAAGCCUGAGCCUGGACAAGAGCCGGACUGGGACAAGAUCCUGCCCAAGGGAAAGGAAGCGCCGGAAAUGCCUCCCGCGCCGCCCGGGCUUUCUAAGCUGGACCCAAGGGAGAGGCUGACGGCGUACGCGGGGAUGUUGGACUGGGAGCCCAUGGAUCUGGACGAGGAGGAGGAGAAGGAGAAGACCUACGAGGACCUAAACAAGGAGAUGGGCGACGAAUGGCUGGCCAACAAGCUGCAGUCGGCCCUUCGCAAGAGCCAGAACCGGAACGUUCAGAGCAACGUUAACAAGGCCUACAUCAACGAGUGGCUGGACGAAGAGAAGGAGAAGCUCGACGAAACCGCCGAAGACCUAAAGGAAGCCUACAGGAAGGACGCGGAGAGGAUCAAGAAGAAGAUGAUGGAGGAAUUCGACAAGGAGGCCCGCGUGAUGGACAUCAAGGUCGCCAACAUCAUAGCCCGGGGCAGGAGCAACUUCACGCAAUUCACGGGGCCCCUGACGGACCAGACCGCCUUCCCGGCGUCAGUCGCGGCUGAGUUCGCCUACCUUGCCGAGGACGAAGCGGCCUUUUAUGAGGAGUUGGGGGGCGGAGGGGGCGAGGAUGCGGCGAAGGGGGAGGGGCUGUCCGACGAGGAGGUGGUGGGGCUGCUGGACGCCUGCGGGAAGAGUCUGAAGCACGUGGUGUGUCUGUCGGUAGGCGGCGCGUCGUCCGCGGGAGGGGGCGGGGGGUUGUUCGGCGGCGGGGGCGGAGGGGCGGAAGACAAGGGGUUCCCGGGAGAGAGCACGGCGGAGCAGGGGGUGAUCCCCGUGGCGAAGGCGAAGGGGGGGUCGUUCACCACCGUGAGGGUGUCCAAGCUGUUGGGGCAAGACCGCGGCGCCAUCGACCCGAUGCCCCUGAUAGUCCCGAGGAACAUUCCCAGGGCGGACGGGCGGCAGGUCUACCCUCCCGCCAGCGUCGCGGUCCGUGGCGGCAAACACCAUCUUCAGGGCCUCCUACCAGUUUUUUCUUCCAGUCUAGUUUCAGCUCCCGUUGAAAAAACAUGGGCGAAGACAAGGACCGGUAUGUAUUCCAGGGGGAAAUGGAACUUUUUCGAGAAAAAGCCGGAGGCGAGGCGCAACUCGACUUUCGCGGUGUCCGACUUCCCGACCUCCUGGCCGGUGCCCUCCAGCGGCUGGGUGGACGAGUUCCUCAAGCUAACCGGGCCGGAGCUCCUGCGCAUCCCCGUCCCGGCGACGUUCGAAGGCCUCUCGGAGGGGUCCGGAACGUUCCAUGCGUGGGCAUUCUUACGGGAGUGGGCGCAGCUGUGGACGGAAGAGGGCACUGGUCUUACCACGCGGGUGAAGGUGUUUGUGGACGAGGAGGCCCGGAGAGCGGGGCUGUACUUCGACCCUUCCCAGACCAAGUACCUCUCGGCGAAGGAGGAGCGAGAGGCCGAGGAGCAGAGGGCCGCCAGGGAGAAGAAGAGGGGGUCCAGCGGACCGCCCAGCAAGACCCGGAACCUGCUCAAGAAGGAGGGCGGCGUGGACAUCAUCGUGGAGGACAGGCCGUACCCACGCGUGAGGGUAGUCCGUGCAAACAUGGGCCCCAAGACCAUCGUCAAAGAGAUGUCGGAGCAACUCAUUCUGGACAAGCUCAAGAAGGACGUCAAGACCUGGAUCGUAAAGCAGCCACAGACAUAA